AUGUCAGACCAUGGACCCACCCGCCUUGAAACCGAGCUCGAGCUGUUAGAGGCCAUGUAUCCCGAUCAGACGCACUAUGACCCCAAGUCACGGGAGUUAAAGUUCUCACACGACAACCAUGCAUCGCUCCUUCUUCGGUUACCGGAGUCGUAUCCGGAAUUAGGAUUGCCGGACAUCAUCUCUGCGACUGACGCAGCAAAGAACGACUUGCGGACACGUGUAAAAGUUGCGGUCAAGGACGUUGGGCUCGCUGGAGGAGAGGAAGCGCUUGAUGCCAUCGUCGCUGCCUUCCAGCAGGUCGUCGAUUCUGCUCCUGCCACGUCUGAUGCAAGUAGCGACACAACGGCAGGUGCCAACGACAACACGUCUAAAACUGUCAUCGUAUGGCUGCAUCACCUUCUAAACACCAAUAAACGCAAGAUUGCUCUCUUACCUCCAGCAGCGACGCCUCCUGUAUGUGGAAUCACUAAGCCUGGUUAUCCCGGUGUUCUCGUCUACUCUGGUCCAUCGAUAGCUGUCACAGAACAUGUCAACGAUCUAAAAGCAAAGAACUGGCAAGCAUUCCAGGUACGGUAUGAAGAUGAAGAGUUAUGGCACUUUGCACAUGGUAUGGGCGUCAUAGAGGUGGAGAGUAUGAGCGAGGUUGUAAAGGACGUUGAAACAGAAGGCGCGAUUGGAAAUACACAGAAAGAAAAGCUCUUGAAGGCCAUUGGUAUUAGGUAA